AUGACUGUCACGUAUCCGACCGUGUCACCACUCAGCUGUGGCUACCUCUCGCCGCCAGCGUCCAAAUUUCUGGCAGACGCUCUAGAGGGAGAGAGGUUGACCAUGCCAUCGAUGGCAUUUUUGAUCCAGCAUCCAGCAUCGAAAUCCAAGAUCGUCUUUGACCUGAGCAUCCGGAAAGACUUGACCACACUACACCCAGGGCUCCAGGCACAUCUGAAAACGAGGAUCCCGCUGAGUAGCGAGAACGAUGUGAAGUCAGCCUUGGCUCUUGGAAACGUGGAGGCCUCAGAUAUUGACUAUGUGAUAAUCACCCAUGUGCACUGGGAUCAUACUGGCACUCCGUCCGACUUCACAUCAGCGACCUUCAUUGCUGGGCACAAUACGGACAAGCUUCUCAAAAACGAGAUGGGGCCAGAUCUGUACAAUCCCUUCUUCGAGCGGGACUUGUUGCCAGCAGAUCGCACGAUUGAGCUGCCACCAGUGCCAGGCUCGAAGAAUGGGGAAGUAUUUGACAAGACCCGUGGGUGGUAUUGGCAAAGUUUGUCUCCCAUCCACAAUGCCAUCGACAUGUUCAAUGAUGGAACUGUUUAUAUCGUGGACAGUCCGGGGCAUCUCCCUGGCCACCUCAAUGCGCUGGUCCGAGUUGCAGUUCACAAAUGGAUAUACCUUGCGGUUGAUGCAUGCCACCACAUGCGGAUCUUCAGAGGCGAGACAGACUUCGGAUCGUGGAAGGAUGAGAAAGGUCGGACCGUCACGAUCCAUAAGGACCUUGACGCGGCUUACGAGACCCUGGGCGUUUUGCGGAAGUUGCAACGUGAGGGUCUGAAUGGAAUCCCGGUAGAGGUUGUCUUGACCCAUGAUGGGGAAUGGGAGAAAGCGAACGGGGACCACUUCUUCCCCAGCCAUCUGUAG